UGUGGCUUCUCGCCCCUGCGUGGCAACCCUCUUUUUUUCAUCGACAGCAGAUACACCAUCUCGCCAUCAGCCUCGCCGAUUGGGCGAUUGACGAGGGGCAUCGGGUUCCAGAUCCGUGGUAAGCCACCCACCGGCCGAAUACAGCAAGAGCUGUGCAUCCACGGUUCGCCUAGCCUUGUCAGCGGCGGCGGCAAGAACGGACAAGUAUGUAAGCAGAGUGAGGUGGCCAGAUCAGCCGCAACUCCAUCCAGCAAAGGAAAAAAAAAGAAGAAGCCAGCGAUUAAGGAUUGAUCGACAAAAUACCAAAAGACCUGGCAGGCCUCCCCCUCCAGGCAGCGAGAGAAGAGGACACAGAGGCCAGACUGGAAGGCCGAAGCGAGCAGUCAGAAAAAAAACGCAGACCGUAGGAGAGAAAAACCCGGCUCUCAAACCCGAUCAUCUUUCUCGCUUUAGCGAAGCCAAGAAAUCGUCGAAACCGCCUGCCCCAUGUCCGGAACCACCUUUUCUUGACAACGGAUCUCGCGACUGGGGACGCUGACGUACGCCCUCAGCUCGCCAGCGCCGAAUUGCCAUUGUGAUCCCUAGGAAAGAGGGCGGGCUACACGCGCGAGGCGCGCGUUGAUGGGGAGAGCGGGACGACGCAGGUUUCCGAUUUCUUGCCCGUCGGCUCUUUCUCUCGCCGUCCGUUCGUCCCAGAGGCACAGCAGCACUUCUCUCCUCACUCUUGGACAGCUCACUCACUUCCCUGCGCAAAAACAAGACCCAGCCGCUCGAUUCGGGGCAAGCUCGGGCACAUCGCCGUUCGUGGUCUCCUUGGGCGCCGCUUGCACCGCAACCGCAGCCCUUGAGCUCCGUGCGGCUGUCUCGGAUAGUCAGCCGUGCUGCCUUUUAGCUACCUAAGGCUAAGGCUUUGGUCCCACCCGAGUGCUUAUCAGUGCUGUUCCCUGGCGGACCGCCUGCUGCUGCUGUGAUCAGACGGGCAAAGCAGCCAGGCAAAAGCAUCAGACGCAGCGCAUCGCGGGACCCUUGGAAUUCGCCCUUUUCUGCUGCUCUCGGGGACGCCGACUCGUCCCUUCUCUCUCCUUCUCCGUCUCAUCCUCUUAAAGGGACGCGCGCCGGACCGAGCUGGGCGCGCGGCAGCGGACCCGAUGAGCGGCAGCAUCAGCCCCGGCGGAUCCAGCGCAGCAUCACCACUAUCGUCGCCAAAAACCAGCCAGGCGCCGGCACCGGCAGCAGCAGGUGCCGCCGCACCACCGGCAGCUACAAGCUCCGCCUCACCCCUCUCCAACGCCGCCGCCAAUGACACGGUCGGUACCGUCCUGGCUGCCAUUGCCACCUCGCUCAGCGAUGCCAUCCGCACCCUCAUGUUUGCCGACAAGCGGCAGUGGGGGCCCGACGAAUUCGAGCAGACCCGCGCCCUCGAGGAGGCCCUGGACGAAGCCAAGCGUGACUUCCAGGCCAUGUCGCGCCUGGUAAAUGGCCAGUUCUUCUACGAGCGAGACAGAAACUCCAAAUCGGUCGAGGAGCUGCGCAACCUAAACACAAGGUUUAGCUUCCACGGGCAAAACUUCAAGGACUGGUCGCGGGCGGGCGGCCCCAUCAACCCCACGUGGGUGCUCGAGACGGUCGCGCUGCGUCGCGACCUGCACCGCACCCAGUGCCGCGCCGCCUGCCGCAUAUUCGCUACAGGGCCGGGCCCGGCCCGCUGCCUCGGCGCCUUCCAGGUCCAGAGGCGCCAGCGUGAGCUCCAGGGGCUGGUGGCCCCCACCGCCGCCCCUGGCAGCGCCAGCUCCGGCCGCCGCGAGAGCACCCGCACCAAGAAGGACGAUGACGGCGUCGAGUCUAUCGGCAUGCUGAGCCCAGGCGCCGCCACUGCUAUAGAUCUAGAGCAGGGCGUGGCGGUUUCACAUGCGCCAAAUCAGCCGCGACAUCAGCAGAUGUUGAGUCCGCAACUAAAACCAGGCUUCCUAAUGUCGCCGCCGCCCGGCAAAGGCGGCGGGGCCCAUUCUCCCAACGGUAAUAAUAGCGCGGGGCAGCAGAACGAACAACUACAGCCGCCGCAGGCACAGCCGGCAUCACCGCCACCGCAGGGACCACAAGCAACCCCGUUUGGCCUUGAGGCGCUGGUGCCCGAAUGCAAUGCCAUCGGCGGCUUCGAGAAGUUCGGCGACCGCGACGUCGCCUUCGCGUGCGACUACUGCGACGGCUUCCUGGUGUGGGAGGACCUGGACCGGAUGCCCUCGAGGACGCGGAACCUAGAGCAGCAACUACAGCACCCCUCGACCGCCAACGGCGGCUACGGCUACUAUGGCGGCUACCCGGACUGGCAGGCCGAGGCUCUGAGCGUGUCGACGGGCGAGCCCAAGUGCGUCGUGUUCGCCCCCGUGGCCAUCGCGAACCACCUGCCGCCCGACAACGGCGACUGGCGCGCGCGCGUCAUGUGCCCCUACUGCGACGAGUACACGUACUUUGAGCAGGGCGAGGAGGGCGGCGAGACCAGGUACGCGCAGGACGAGGAGGGGCUGCUGGGGUUGAUUGAGUUCCAGGAGCACCUAGAGUGGUACCACGGCGCCGGCCUGCUGCCUAUGCCCACUAUGCCCACCAAGAAGACCAACUGCGCCGUUAUGUGAACCGGGGCGCCUUGUUGGCACUUGUUAAUGCUGGUGACUGGCAUUUCAAUCUUCUUCGUCUUUGAUUACGCUUCUCAAUACUGUCUGGGGCCACCUUGGAAUGGGAUGGCGGCGGGAUAACGAGUGACGAAACCUUGUUGAGCCAGCCCGGCGUUUCCGGACGGCUUGAUGGCGCAGGCUGGCUGGCGGCGCAGGGGAAUUUGGGAGGGAUAACAGGGACCGACCGCAUGACGUCUGUUUUUCUUCUUCUUUGCUUCAUAUUGACCUCUUAUUCCGGAAGCGGACGAUUUUAUACCCGUUUCCUUGGAUUUUUGCUUUUUCUGGUUGACACGAGGCACAAGACCUCAGCCCCUCCAAAGACGGACGCAGUUUAUACUUAAUUACCCAUGUAUGUUUUCAAUAGUAAAUAGAGGCAUGGUGUGGAUAAUGUACAGAAAAGAAGAAUGAGAACAAGACGAUAAUGAAAAACAAAACAAAACAAGACAACAUCUCAGAUGUCUUGGGGGUUGAACACCAUCGUUCGA